AAUGAUAGUCAACAAAUUGUUAUAAUGAAUGCAAGUUAUAGUGAUGAAAUUGAAACAACAGGAUGGGGUAAAUUAAAUAUAUCAACUGCUUUACCACAAGGUCACUCAUUGGUUUCAGAUAAUAAUUUAGCAUACUUUGCAGGAUUUAUUGAAUCUACAUUAACAGCAGAAAGAAUCAAUCAAUUUUGGAUAAAUUUUGCAGCCAGCGAAUUCAAGAAUCAACAACAUACACCAUCUGAUGAAUUGGUUCAAUUUAUUAGUCAACAAAUGACUUUUGUUAGAAAUUCAAUCGCAGAAAAUAAUGCAACUUCAGAAUAUUGGUAUGCAGCAUCAUUGAUCAUGUCACAAUUUGAUGGUUUAGUAAACGGUUACCAAAGCUCACCAUUACCAGAAAUGAGCGAAAUAGAGCUUUAUCUUUUAACAUCAGCUGGUGAUUUAGAAACUUUAGUAUCAUUGUAUCCAUCCACUGACAAAAAAUCACAACCACAACCACAACCACAAUCAAAUAACAAUUUCGAUUAUGUAAAAAAUUGCAGUGCUUUAAUCAGAGUUUUACCAGGAUUUUCAGAUGUUUUAUUUGCCCACACUACUUGGAGAUAUUAUUAUGGUAUGUUAAGAAUUUAUAAAUUCUAUGACUUAUCCUUCAGUAAAUAUAUCUAUAAGGUUAGCUUUAGUUCAUCACCAGGUUUCCUAAGUUCCAAAGAUGAUUUUUAUAUUAGCAAUGGUUUAGCAAUUAUGGAAACUACCAAUGAUAUUUUUAAUAGUUCACUUUAUCAAUAUGUUGUACCACAAUCAGUAUUAGUUUGGCAAAGAGCAAUGAUUGCAUGUUUAUUAUCAUAUGAUUCACCAACUUGGAUAAAUACAUUUUCACAAUACAACAGUGGCACUUAUAACAAUCAAUGGAUGGUACUCAACUAUAAUCUUUUCCAAACUGGCAAACCAUUACCAAAAGACUCAUUUUGGAUUGCAGAACAAAUCCCAGGUUAUAUAGAGAAGUCUGAUCUUACUGAUCUCUUAAAUCAAAACCAAUUUUUUAGCUCAUACAACAUCCCAUUCUUUGAAUAUAUCUAUAAUGUUAGUGGUUACCCAACUGUAUAUUCACCAACAAACCAAUACUCUUAUCAACAAUGUUCAAGAGCUUUAAUAUUCAAACGUAAUGCUACAAUGGUUUCAAAUUUCCAAGAUAUGAAAAACAUUAUGCAAUUUAAUAAUUUUAAAACCGAUCCAUUCUCAUAUUCAAAUCCAUUAAAUUCAAUUAGUUCAAGAGCUGAUCUUUUAACUGAUAGAGUUGGUAUACCUUUUGGUGGUGUCGAUUCAAAGGUAACAUCAUCAAGUCAGGUUAAAACUUUAUCAUGCACUGCAAUUUGUGGACCAACAACUGAAGGGUUACCACCAUUUUCAUGGGAUAAUCCAGCAUGGAGCAGUGUUUCGCAUGUAGGCCUACCAACAGUAUUUGAUUUCGAUUGG